AUGUCACCGUUUCCACCUCCACCAGGCUCGGCUCCCAUGGGAACCGUUGCUCCCUCUAUGAUGAGCCCAUUUGCUGGCAGUCAGAGCCCUUCAAAAGCAGUGUCUUCGCCAGCUGGCGCUCGUUUCGUCGGUGGACCGGGAACCCCAUCGACACCACAUGCGCCUCAGAAUCCGACGUCUGAUGUUGUCGUCCCAACGGCAACUUCUCUGCCAUCAGAACCUCUUCAUAGCACGAGCCCUCAUCAAACUCAGAUUCAACAGCAUGGAAGCGUCGAAGCUCCAUCGCUCACUGGAUCUGCACCCUACACACCAGCUUCAGUGAACUCUGGGGUUGCCUUGCCAGCAGUAAAUCCUGCUGAUCAAUCCUUUGGGAAUAUCCAUAACCUCUCACUUUCAAAUCUUGACAUCGAAAUUGACGGCAAGAGCUUGUUCAGCUCGACAUUAAUGACUGCCGAUGAUAUUAAAAAGUAUCUAAAUGACAGCGACACUGUAUUCUCAGCUUUUGAUGACCUCACUUGCACUAAUGAUGCACCAUCACUUGGCGGUUUUCCACACUGUUGGGAAGAUAUCCAGUCAAUAAUAGCCGCUGACGAGAAACGGGGUUAAAG